AUGCUAGUUCCCAGAUGUCCUCGUCCGUUGAUGGUAAUUUUCGUUGGCGGUUUGGCGGUUCUAACGGUACAAAAAAAUCAAGUCCAACUUGCAUCUGAGAAAAUCAAACAAUGGAAUAACAGGAUAGAGCGAUGGAAUGUAGAAAAUAUGUCACUUUCAGCAUUUAAUUUGGAGAAGUUUUCCUAUCAACGAAAGCCUUCGACAUGUUCUCGGCGUGAUCCCACCGGCAUUUCUAAUCAGCCAUGUGCAUCCACAAAUACUAAGUUCACUUUGAAUUCGCAGUCAGCACAUAGCUCGAGUUCUGAAAGGAAAUCAAGGGACUCUCCCUCGAGUUGUGAUAGCAAUCAAGGAAAUAACGAACUUGAAUCAUGUGCAGACGAUCCAAGUUUUACCGCUACAAUUUUUGCUAGCCAAGAAUUUGUUGAUGUGAUGGAUUCGCUAACAAGCGAAACUCGGGUACAGAUUGUCGAAGCUUUAACUUCUUCUUCAAAAGAAAACAUGAAUCCAGGUAACGACAACAUAAUCAUAGAUCAACCUCUGGUGAGAUUUGAAGCAGGGAAUAAAAGAAAAAGAAAAAGACAUUACUUUAUGGAAGAUGAAGAUAAUGAAGAUAACAAUGAAGACAAGAAAAGAUCCCGCAAAUCUGAGGAAUUAGAAGACCUUGACACCAGCCAUAACUCCAGAAAAAACUCUGCUAGGAGAGAUGUGACUGAUGGGAAACAAGAAAUUCCUGAAGUUGUUUGUUUAACAGAUGAUGAAGCUGAAGAUAGUGAUGUUGUUCUGACUGGUUUCCAAACUGGACUCUGCAAAGAACUUAUCUUCAGAGUUGAUAGACAACUGUCAAAGCCUGCUUGAAGAGCGUAAAGCUGUUGAGAAGUUGAUGAACAAAUGUGAGAGCAUCUCCAACAAAAUUCAAGACAUGCUUAACUCAAGAUUAAGUGCUGGCAAGAGUGAUUCUUCAGAUCGUAAAAGAGGAGCCGUGAUAACAUCUCAACCAAAAAUAUUAAAUAGAAGUCUUCAGCUGAAACCCUACCAGUUGACAAGUCUUAACUGGCUGGUACUGAUGCACGAACAGGGAGUCAAUGGAAUUUUAGCGGAUGAAAUGGGUCUCGGAAAGACAGUUCAAGCCAUUGCUUUUCUAGCUUAUUUGUGUGAAUCUGGAGAGAAAGGCCCUCAUUUGAUUAUUGUUCCGGCAUCAACUCUUGAUAAUUGGGGCAGAGAAGCCAAGAAAUGGUGCCCAUCAUUAGAAUUCUUUUUGUAUUAUGGGAGUCAAGCAGAGAGACUUCAGUUGCAAUGCGAGGUGGAUUUAGCAGAACCAAAACCUGAUGUUUUCAUUACGACCUACACAGUCGCAACUGGUACAAAAGACGAUCGUUCCUUUUUAAGAAAACUAAAUUGUAAUUACGUAGUACUGGACGAGGGGCAUAUGUUGAAAAACAUGCAGUCACAGAGAUACCAGGGACUUAUGAAAAUGAAGGCCCGUCGUCGGCUUCUUCUAACAGGAACACCACUACAGAACAACUUGUUGGAGUUGAUGUCUCUGCUAAGUUUUGUGAUGCCGAGCAUGUUUGGUGAGAGUGUUCAGGGGAUCAAGAUGCUCUUUUCUAACAGCAAAAUGAAUGAUAAACCAGGGAGCAAUUACGAGAAAGCAACAGUUGCUCAGGCAAAAAGAAUCAUGAAACCGUUUGUACUAAGAAGGCUCAAGAAAGAUGUUCUACAACAGCUUCCUGCCAAACACGAUCUCGUAGUCAAGGUGGACUUGACGGAAGAACAGCGUCAGUUGUACAACGACAACUUUGUGAACUGUUCAAGACAAUUUAGGGAGUCGGAUGGCGGCUCACAAUACAGCAAUAUUUUGAUGUUACUUCGGAAGGCCGCCAAUCAUCCUCUUCUACUACGUAAUCACUUCAACGAUAGCAUACUACUGAAGAUGGCAAAGAAAUACUGCAAGGACCCCGUGCACCGCGAUUCUGAGCCGGAUCUGGUUUUCGAGGAUAUGACAGUGAUGUCUGACUUUGAACUACAUUGUCUCUGUCGAGGGGAACAGAGUUUGGCGGAUCAUUGUCUUAAUAAAGAAAUUUUGAUGAAAUCAGGAAAAUUUGAGUACUUAGAUACACUAUUACCCGGAUUAAAGGAAAAGAAUUGCCGUGUGUUGCUGUUCAGUCAGUUUACCAUGGUGAUGGAUAUCAUCGAGGUCUAUUUGUCGGACAGACGUCAUCGUUACUUGAGACUGGAUGGACAGACGGCUGUAGUAGAUAGGCAAAACCUAAUUGACAAGUUUAAUGAUGAUCCGGAUAUCUUUGUCUUUCUUCUUUCGACCAAAGCAGGAGGCCUGGGUAUCAAUCUAACGGCAGCAAAUGUUGUGAUCUUGCACGACGUUGACUUUAACCCGUACAAUGACAAACAAGCGGAGGAUCGGUGCCAUCGGGUGGGUCAAACCAGAUCGGUGACAGUGUAUCGGCUGAUUGGUAAAGACACUGUGGAGGAAGCGAUUCUCCACUGUGCGCAGACCAAACUUCGACUAGAACAAGAUAUGGCUUUAGCAGAUAGUGAUGAUACAAAAUUUGCCAAAGAUGUAUCAGAACUCCUUAGUGACGUGUUCACUUCAUCGUGAUGCACAAGUGCAAUCAAAUAAUUGCAAGUUGAGUUAGUAAAAGUUAAUUUGAGUGUGGAUAAAAUUGAAGUAGACAAUUCUAAUUUUUAGAGAAUGCUGUAAUAGUAGAAUUGAAGUAAUUAAACUUGUUUACACUGAAACUUAAAAACAGUAGUGCAAAAACUGUACUUUAUAAGUCUUUUGCCGUAUUUAUUCGGUGGGUUUUUUCCUUAUUUAUUUGUGUGCUUGCAUGUUUUGUUUUGUUUUGUUUGGUUUUUUUUUUCGUGAAACACAAUUGAAGAGUCGAGGACGUUUCAAAAAUUCCUUACAUUUACUAAACCAAAAGAUAGUGCUUGUGUUCAUAUACAUAAUGAUUUUACAUAAAUCACGUGUUCUGUGGUGUGUACAAGUUAAAAACCCAUGUAAGUUAAAAAAAAAAAAAUACAGGUACUUGGCGAUUGUUUAA